AUGGAGUCCACCCCUAGUAAGUUUGCAGAUGACACAAAACUGGGAGGAAGUGUCGAUCUACUUGAAGAGUGUGAAUAUAGAGGGGAUGAUGUUGGUAGAGUGGUAUGGCUUCUAUUGAUAGAAAUUGUAUAUGGAGGCAAAAUCCAGAUCACAGAAGUUUGUGGAGCCAAGCGCGUGGGUUAUUUUGGUCCUGCUCAAUUUUAUAUUGCUUUGAAGCUAAUUGCAGCAGCACAGUCAGGGUUCCCAGUACGGAUUGAGAGCAUUAAGAAUGAAUUGCCUCUGCCACGGUUUAUGGCGCUGAAAAAUGACAGUGAAGUACGUUACGGGACUCCAGCAGAACUCCAUGGAGUUAAAUUUCAGGUUCCACAUGGAACUUUGGAAAAAAAUUCCUACAAAAGAACAGAUGAAGGGGACAAACAGGAACCCAAGUCUCCACCAAUGUCUCCAAUCUGUUCACCUCCUGCUUCUCCAUCUACUUAUCAGAGAAUACCCUUAAGUUAUGGAUACAGUAAAUCGAGAAGUGGGCUGGAGCAGCAACAUGGAGCUCCUUACGAAGUCAGACACUCUACUCACCAGCAAGAUGGGCCAUCAUCAGGGAAUUAUGGAGCCAAACCUGCACUCGCAUGUUCAAGUCUUAAUCAGUCUCUUUCAGCGGAGAGGGAGCAGCAGGAGAGCAGCACCCACUACUCGGACGACCCUUGGAGGAUAACGGAGGAGCAGCGAGACUACUACAUCAACCAGUUCAAGUCCCUGCAGCCUGACCUGAACUCUUUUGUGUCAGGUUCCGUGGCAAAGAAUUUCUUCACAAAAUCAAAGCUGCCCAUCCUAGAGCUUUCUCACAUCUGGGAGCUGAGCGAUGUGGAUUGCGACGGGGCGCUGACACUCCCCGAGUUUUGUGCUGCUUUCCACCUCGUGGUUGCGAGGAAGAACGGUUACCAGCUGCCGGAGACGCUGCCGGAGACGCUGCUGCCUGAGUACCUUCAAGCAGCUUCUUUGAAGCCCGUGUGUGACUGCGCACUAUUUGAUUCCUACUCUGAGUCAUCGCCAGGCGGUCAGAAGGCUCGGGACUUUGGUCGGACAGAGAAGACAUCAGCUGAAGAGGUAACUGAUAACUCUGCCCUGUUACAAGAUGGAAAGAAAGAUGACAAACAAGCUCUUAAAGUAAGCACUGCUCUCAAAACAAUACCAAAGGAAUUUCAGCACUUGACUGUGAAAACAG